CGUCCCUGCGGCUGCGCUCCCGGCUGGCAGGAGCCGCCGCUGAGAGACCUCCGGGUGCCCUCUCCCGAAGGAGCGCUUCCCUGGCGGGCGUCGAGUCGGGUUUGCGGGAGCAAUGCUUUUCCUCUAGAAUGUGAGCAUUAUGGUGAAGAAAAGUUAUUCCCAUCAACAGUAUAACACUGUCGUAGAAUUCCUGUAAAUACUAGUAAAUGUUGCUGAUGUAGUGCAUUCUGGAGAUACGUUUUUACUACAGAUCCUACCAAGGCUUUGCAAACAGGAUGAACAUGUUGCUGUUGACUGCUUACUGACAGUAACCAGCUGGGCACUUUCUUCAUGAUGUUUUCAUUCUUACAUUGUCCAAUUGGAGUUUGCUUGUACUGAUUUUUUAAAAAGAGGAAGAUAUCAAAGUGGAGUACCGUAAACUUGACAUGGAGAAUAAAAAUAAAGACAAAGAUAAGCCAGAUGAAAGAAUGGCACGGCCUAGUGGGAGAUCAGGCCAUAAUACACGUGGAACUGGUUCUUCAAAUUCUGGCGUGUUAAUGGUUGGCCCUAACUUCAGAGUUGGUAAAAAAAUUGGAUGCGGUAAUUUUGGAGAACUACGGCUAGGAAAAAAUUUAUACACAAAUGACUAUGUGGCAAUUAAACUGGAGCCAAUGAAGUCGAGAGCACCACAGCUACAUUUGGAAUACAGAUUCUACAAGCAGCUAGGAUCUGGAGAUGGAAUACCUCAGGUUUAUUAUUUUGGCCCAUGUGGCAAAUAUAAUGCUAUGGUGCUAGAACUACUUGGACCUAGUCUGGAAGAUUUGUUUGACUUGUGUGGUAGGACAUUUUCUCUUAAAACCGUUCUUAUGAUAGCCAUACAGUUGAUUUCUCGCAUGGAGUAUGUCCAUUCAAAGAACUUGAUAUACAGAGAUGUAAAACCUGAGAACUUCCUAAUAGGACGACCUGGAAACAAAACCCAGCAAAUUAUUCACAUUAUAGAUUUUGGUUUAGCAAAGGAGUAUGUAGAUCCAGAAACAAAGAAGCACAUACCAUAUCGAGAACACAAGAGCCUUACAGGAACAGCUAGAUACAUGAGUAUAAAUACACACUUAGGAAAAGAGCAGAGCAGAAGAGAUGAUUUGGAAGCUUUGGGUCAUAUGUUUAUGUAUUUUCUCAGAGGAAGUCUUCCAUGGCAAGGUUUAAAGGCUGAUACAUUAAAAGAACGUUACCAAAAAAUUGGAGACACAAAACGAGCAACCCCUAUAGAAGUAUUGUGUGAAAACUUCCCAGAGGAAAUGGCUACAUACCUACGUUAUGUAAGAAGGUUAGAUUUUUUUGAAAAGCCAGACUAUGACUACUUAAGAAAGCUCUUCACAGACUUACUUGAUCGGAAAGGCUAUAUGUUUGAUUAUGAAUAUGACUGGAUUGGAAAACAGCUGCCUACUCCAGUGGGUUCAGUACAUUCAGACCCUGCAAUGUCUUCAAACAGAGAAGCAUAUCAACACAGAGACAGAAUGCAACAAUCCAAAAAUCAGUCAACAGACCAUAGGGCAGCUUGGGACUCACAACAAGCCAAUCCACAUCAUUUGAGGGCUCACCUGGCAGCUGACAGACAUGGUGGCUCGGUACAGGUAGUAAGCUCAACAAAUGGAGAACUCAACACAGAUGACCCAACUGCAGGCCGUUCAAAUGCACCCAUCACAGCUCCUGCAGAAGUAGAAGUAAUGGAUGAAACAAACUGCCAGAAAGUGUUGAACAUGUGUUAUGUAACUCUCAGAGCAGUUCUGGUCUGCCUCUGCCCACUGCUACUUUUUCAGUGACUGAGCGACAGGGUGCCUUGGAUAUUUUGAGAAGGUGCUGCUGUUUAUUCAAGCGGAGGAAAAGGAAAACCAUUCAGCGCAACAAAUGAACAUGGGAAAAUGCUUACUUGUUCACCUGUUGUCUUGUGAUCUUAAAAAAAAACAGCAACAAAACCCAAAGCAAAAACCUCCAUAGUAAACACAUUUUCCAAGGACUCCGUGAGAAACAGUGUCAUGCCUGUGUGCUUUGAUUUGGUUCUUCUGCAUUGAACUUUUGUUUCUUUAAUUCAUCUAUUCUGAAAGCUUUAAAAUAUUGUCGAAUAGGAGUGGUUCUUUGACCGUCAACAUAUGGACCAACGAUGUGAUAGAAAUGAACAGUAUCUUGAGCAAAAGUGAACUUGAGAAGUAUUUCUUCUUUUCUAAGAAGUAGCAGCUGUGUCUUAGAUGAAGACAGAUGUCAUAAAUCUGUUAUUUGAGUUUGUAGCAGUGUAUCAAAAGCAGUUCUCUUCAAAAAUGCAGAAGAAAAAUAUGAAUGCACAACCAUAUUGAAAAACAAUAAAAUCUUAAGAUUUAUUUUAU